CCCACCACCCUCUUUCCUCCUCAUGUGGGAUGUCGUCUCCCUCUCCUCUCCCUGCGAAACUUCAUUAUAAUUGCCUCCUCGUAAUCUUCCCAAGACAUCUCAAUAGAAUUCCCAAAGGGUUUUCAUUAAUUGGAGGAAACAGAUUUGUCGUGGACAAGAUUAUUUUUGGUAAUUAAUGGCCGGGAUGUGUUGCGGAGUUGUCGGUGAGACAGAGACGCCGGCACCGGUUAAGCCGGGCUUGCGGGGCGUGAGGCGGCGGCGGAUGGAAAUCCCCCCGUUCAAGUUGCUCGCCGCCGACGUGGCACCGGAGAACGGGAGGAAACGGCAGAAGGUAGAGGAGGUCGUGCGAGCUCGUGAGUUCGAAAACGCUGUUGACAUUUCUGUGAUGAGCAAAGGCCAAUUGGCGGAGAACGGAGAGUUAGAAACGAAGCCGAUUUCGCAAAUCGAGCCAAUUGAGGUGGUUCAGGAUCAGGAGUACGGCCCGAAGUUUGGCAUGACCUCAGUUUGUGGAAGAAGGAGAGAUAUGGAAGACGCGGUGGCGAUUCACCCCUCGUUUUGCCGGAACCGUCGGAAAUCUGAUGAUCUGAACUUCUACGGCGUGUACGACGGCCAUGGUUGCUCACAUGUGGCGAUGAAAUGCGGAGAACGAUUGCACGAGAUAGUGAGAGAGGAGGUGGAAGGAAGUGAAGAAGCUUCGUGGAAGGAAACGAUGGAGCGGAGUUUCUCGCGUAUGGACAAGGAGGUGACGGAAUGGUGCAGCGAAGGAGGCGCCGGGGUUUCGAUAUCCAACUGCAGGUGCGAGCUCCGGACGCCGCAGUGCGACGCGGUGGGAUCGACGGCGGUUGUCGCCGUCGUGACGCCGGAUAAGAUUGUGGUCUCCAACUGCGGCGACUCUCGCGCCGUGCUUUGUCGAAACGGCGUCGCGAUUCCUCUCUCGUCCGAUCACAAGCCCGAUCGACCGGAUGAACUUGAACGGAUCGAAAACGCAGGUGGCCGAGUUAUAUAUUGGGAUGGAGCAAGGGUACUUGGAGUCUUAGCAAUGUCAAGGGCUAUAGGUGACAAUUAUUUGAAGCCGUUUGUAAUACCGGAACCGGAGGUAACCGUAACGGAUCGGACGGCAGAGGACGAGUGCCUGAUACUGGCGAGCGACGGCCUGUGGGACGUGGUCUCCAACGACACCGCGUGCGGCAUCGCGAAAAUGUGUUUGCGGUCACAGAAGCCACUGUCGCCGCCGCAAUCUCCUGGGAGCGAAGUCAACGUGAUUGCCGCCGGGGAGAGCUCCGACAAGGCUUGUUCGGAUGCGUCAAUUUUGUUGACUAAGUUGGCUUUGGCUAGGCAUGGUACGGAUAAUAUAAGCGUAGUUGUCGUGGAUUUAAGAAGAGGUCAAUAGGCUUGUCAUCAGAGUUUCUUCCUCUUGCUUUCAUAUUUUCCUUUUCUUAAAUUCUACUACAACUUGAAGUAUAUUUUCAUUCUUAAGCUAGGUUUUGUUAAGGAUGUACCGAUGUACACCUACCUUCCGUUGAGGAUUACAUAGGGGUUACAAAUUGAAUUCCUCUAGAUAGCAAUCCAAUUGUAAAUGGAAUCAACAUCUAUCCCGGUUGUUUAAUUUACAAAUCUAGAUGAUAGUUGUUCUU